AUGAAAUUCCUGUCCUUAGCUGUCAUCAGCACUCUUGCCCUGGCUGUCUCUGCAGCACCUGCUAAAACAAACACAAAAGCCAAAGUUGCCAUUCUGGGAGGUGGUGUCUCUGGUAUUAGUGCUGCAAAGAACUUAGUUGCUGCUGGUAUCACCGACUUUGUUAUCGUUGAAGCCAGAGACGAGCUUGGCGGUAGAGCUCAUGACAUUGCAUUUGCUGGUAAGCGCGUAGAAAAGGGCUGUAAUUGGGUUCAAGGUUUGGGCACCAAUCCCAUCAAUGAAAUGGCCAUCAAAUGGGGACUUAAAACCGUCAGCGAUAACAGUGACAAUGUUGUUUUCUAUGAUAACAAGGGUCCCAUCAAUGCCACUGAUACAUACAAUGCCUUUUGGGAUGCGUAUGACGCUGCCAACAAUAUUGCCAUCAAAAGGAACAAGACCGAUCAAGUCGAUAUAUCAGUAAGAGCGGCUCUCGACCUCUCUGGGUGGAUGCCUCAGACAUAUGUCGAACAAGCUAUCGAAUUUUACGGUUUUGAUUGGGAAUUUGCAGAAACCCCAGACGUGUCAUCCAACUUCUAUGCAUACGUCAACGCUGACUCUUAUGAUGGCAACUUUGGAUCUGACUCUGACGGAAACAACUUCGUCAUUGAUCAAAGAGGUUUCAAAUACAUUUUCCUUCAAGAAGCCAACCAGUUCUUGAAGCCCAACGACCCUCGCUUGCUGUUGAAUACCACUGUCAAGAACAUCAAGUAUAGCGACUCUGGUGUUGUAAUAACAGCCAAGGACGGAAGCACUAUUCAAGCCGAAUAUGCCAUCUCUACCUUCAGUCUUGGUGUUCUUCAACACAACGAUGUGACAUGGACACCCAAACUUCCUGAAUGGAAGCUUGUUGGUUUGGAUGGAUUCCACAUGGCCACAUAUUUAAAGCUCUUCUUGGCAUGGGAAAAGCCUUUCUGGGAUUUGAACACUGAGUAUGUGGUGUAUGCUGAUCCUACUACCAGAGGAUAUUACAACUCUUGGCAAAACCUGAAUGGCCCUGGAUUCUUCCCCCAAAAUACUACUUCCAACAUUUUCUUUGUCACGCUCACUCAAGAUCAAGCUUAUCGCGUGGAGGCUAUGGCAGAUGCAGAUAUUAAGGAAGAGGUUAUGGAAGUUAUCAGAAGCAUGUAUGGCAAGGAUAUUCCUGAUCCAUCCGACAUGUAUGUCCCCAGAUGGCACUCUGAUCCUCUGUACAGAGGAACAUACAGUAACUGGCCCAUUGGUGAGUUGGAGCAACACCACAUCAACAUGAAGGCACCCGUUCAGAGAGUAUGGUUUACAGGUGAAGCCAUGUCUCGUGAUUACUUCGGUUUCCUUCAGGGUGCAUGGAUCGAUGGUGGCGAAGUUGGUACCAAGGUAGCUCAGUGCGUCAAAUCCUCAUGCCCUAAGCAGCCCUACUACCCUACUAUCAAGCUCGCGAACGAGACACCAAGUUUUGUCAAGCGCCAAGAAUGGCUUUAG